AUGCUCGGGAAUGAGAGGGCGAAGAAGAAACCGCCAGGCAUGGAAACUCCAGCGGUGGCUCAAGCGAGCUCCGUAGGAGCUAGCUUGGGAGGAGGUCCGGCUCCGGCCGGGGUCAGGCGUGUCGCGAGACGUCUUCAAUUGCGUAAGCGGUGCGGGAGUGGUGUGGUGCGGGGCGGGGAGAGCGCUGGCGGGCGGGCCGGCGCGCGCACUCCGCGGACUCGCGCGCUACCGACCGCCGCGCGCACGCGCACUCCACCAACCGCUAGUACCGUGCCACUUGGACGUGCCAGGCUCCGCACCACCAGCGCUUCGGGAUGCACCGCGCACCCCGCCCGCUGUGCCCCACACGACCCCAUACUAACUACGACUAUGGCCGCAACUAAGAACGAGUACCACUUCGGUGAGUGUCCACCUUUCUCUUUUGCACUCUCUCACCUCAUAACGAAUGUUCACUCCAGGUCGCAGACUACAGUCUCCGCCCACUCUCUGUACUUCUACAUCACUGGUGGAAGGUGUUUCGCUGCAUCUGUGGCGGUGGCGUGCACCGGGGAUGCUCCUGCGCCGGCAGCAGACACGGCGGAGUCGCAGCGUAUUAUCGGCGGCUUGCGAUUAGAUAAAGCAGCUAGGCGGCGUGGGGCGCUUCGCAGUAGGCUCGCAUGCGCGCUGCUCGGCGGCGGCCGCGUCUUCCUUGUUAUUGUUAGCGAGUGUUGA